AUGAAACUGCGACAACCAUUUGUCACCGCACACCAGAAAUCCUCUCCAGACGGCACAAUGCUUAAAGCCGGCUCGCAGUCUUCCCACUCUACGAACAGCGCCUUUUUGGCCCUCCAAAACACAGUCCAAAACUGCAUCCCAGUGGUGCUUCCAACCUGCAAAGGUCAGUGGGACUUUUUGCGAAAUCUCCCAGAUCCCUCGAUGACGGUCAGCCACCUUCAGCGAGUUGCCAGUGACGAGAAUUUGGCGGCGAGCUUUCGAGCUAAAACAUCCCACUUAAAGAAGGUCACACCCGAUCAGAUUCGGAGGUGGGAGACUAAUUUCAAUUUCCUCCUGAGCGAUCCCGAUGGGCUGGUACUCUUUGAAAAGUUUCUCGAAAGCGAAUUCAGUCAGGAGAAUCUCCAGUUUUGGGAGGCCUGUGAAAACUACCGUCGGAUGCCGGCAAAGCUCUUACCCUCAGAAUCUCAAAAAAUUUACCAACUGUAUCUUUCGGUUCAGUCUCCGCGCGAAGUAAAUCUGGACUCUAAAACACGAUUAAAAACAAUCAGUCUUCUUUCAACCCCAACUGCUCACCUGUUCGACAGUGCUCAACGCAAAAUCCAAGCGCUAAUGGAGAAAGACUCCUACCAGCGUUUUCUGCGUUCUCCGAUCUUUGUCGACUUCAAGAAGUCCCUUUUAGAGAACGCGACCUCCGCCAUCCUAGCACAGCACCAUUCACCGAAGCAAAAGAACAAACACGCUCCACCGUCCAUACAAAGCGCCUUGCCCCAGGUUUUCAAUGUCACAGCUCUACCCCUUGGCAGAAAACCCUUCUCCUAG